CAGACCUGUGGAGUGUAGAGUCGUCCAUCAUGCCAUCCUCGCAGCCGAUAUUUUCGACUCCUCUUACUCGGUUGUUCAAUAUCAACCAUCCCGUUAUGCUUGCAGGCAUGAACGUUGCGGCUGGACCAAGGCUUGCCGCGGCAGUUACGAAUGCAGGUGGCAUCGGCGUCAUUGGCGGUCUUCGCCAGAGCCCCAAGGUACUGCAGCAGUCCAUAGAUGACAUUAAGAAGCAUCUCGAGGAUAAGGACGCGCCGUUCGGGGUUGACCUUUUGGUUCCCCAAAUUGGCGGAAACGCGCGGAAGACCAAUUACGACUACACCCAGGGACAGCUCCCAGAGCUGACAGAAGUUAUCAUUAAAAACAAGGCCGCACUGUUUGUCUGCGCCGUCGGCGUCCCACCCAUGUGGAUGGUCGAUAAGCUUCACGCGGCAGGUAUUGCCGUCAUGAACAUGGUCGGGCAUCCCAAGCACGUACCCAAAGCCCUCGCACAGGGCGUCGAUAUCAUAUGUGCGCAAGGCGGCGAGGGCGGAGGCCAUACAGGCGACACGCCCUUUUCCAUCCUCAUUCCUGCAUGCGCCGACCUCUGUAAGAACGCCGUCAGUCCAUUGACUGGCCAGCCUGUAAUUGUUGUUGCCGCUGGUGGUAUCGCCGAUGGGCGGGGUCUCGCCGCGGCACUUUCCUACGGCGCUGCAGGCGUCUGGGUCGGUACACGUUUUGUUGCGAGUGAGGAAGCCGGCGCACCGCCAAAGCACAAGCAGGAGCUUCUAAGCGCAGGAUACGACGACACCAUUCGAACACUGGUGUAUUCUGGGCGACCAAUGAGCGUCAAGAAGACACCAUAUGUCGCUGAAUGGGAGGCAAAACGGCAGCAGGAGAUCGCCGAACUUGCCUCGCAGGGCAAAAUUCCUCACGAGGUCGAGCUUGAGAAACAUCCCGAGAAAUCUAUCGAUGGUCGACCAUGGCUUAUGGGAAAGGUAGCCGGCUCUAUCAAUGACAUCAAACCCGCGAAAAACAUUGUCGACGAGUUAGUGAAUACUGCCGCGAUGAGUCUCACAUCUGCUACCAACCUCAUUAAGAGCAAAUUGUAGGGCCGUCGCGUAUCAUUGCCCUCCAUUAUUGCCUUCUGUUCAACGCCUCUGCGCCUUUUCAUCCAUGUCCUUGUGAAUAUAUGGAAAAUAUGGACAACCCCACUGUGCGACGAUCAAUCGUCACCCAUCAACUCGUCCAAUUCGCGCUCCUCAUCUUCUGUGAGGCCGAAAGACUGCUUCGCCAUGUUUUCCUCCUUGAACGGCGGAGGAGCAACUUGCUUGUGUUUCUCCGCCGAUUUUGGUGGAAGCAAGAGUUCUAGUAGCUUCCAUUUCCGCAGCGUGCCGUCAAGGCUCGCACUGACAAUCCAUGGCUCAACCUUGAUUUUACCCGGGUCACCCUCUACCGCUGACUUGCGCGUCCACAAUCGCAAUGCCGUAACAUCAUGCCAAUGCCCGUCGAUCUCUCCGAGCAGCUCUGGCUCGCCAGGAGAUGAAAUAUCGUACGCUCGAAUGACGUCUCCUGAGCCCGUCAAGAGGUAUGGUUCUGCUAGUGGCGUGGCAAGAAGGGGCAAAAUUGCGCGUACCGCCGUCGAGUGGGCAAUUGGCGACAUAGGCUGGCUCUCGCUCUUCGCGUCAGGUUGAGGGUCGUACUUUGCUUGAGCGGUCUCAUCCGCAGAUGCUGUCCACAGUUGUCCGGCACCGUAUACCGCCUCAUAAAUCUUUGUGCGGUGAUAGCUAAACUCAUCCUUCUGAGAAGCCCGCCAUCUGGUUGGCGUGCCAUCUUCCUUCUGCAGCUCGCAUACUUUAAUGAUUCCCAUGGUGUCCGUAGUAUAUAGUACUGCAGAGCCUUUGGAUACCGGCCUGAAUGCGAACGAUUCCACAGGGCGAGUGUGCGCGGAUAUAGAGCCUGCUGACGGUAGAGGCUUGCCUUUCACAAAGGCAGAGAGAU